GGAUUAUGCUUAGGCACAAACGCAACUGCCACGCCAUUCAGACGCCCAGCGACGCCGAGCAUGUGAAGUUAAAGCCGCACUUUCAUCCGCCCCAGUGGCUCCUGCACCGCGUCACCUUCUCUCUGGAGCUGUAUCACAAGAAUAUCAUCAAGAAACUGCCCAGUCUUGGCCAAUUUACGCCACGUUUACCGGCUGACCAAGAACGUCUGCCAGACUUAAGUAAUCCACAAAAUAUCCCCAUAUAGUCCGCAAUAAACUCCACAAAAAAGACAAAGUGCGUUUAAUAACCAUACAAAAAAAAGUGUAACUGAUUGGGAAGAAGUGUGCAAAAAAUAUCCACAAAAUCAAAUACUCAAGUGCAAUAAAAAAGCAAAAGUGAUUGAAGUGCGAAGAGAAAAUGUGGCCAACCAUUAAGGCCAAGUUCAAGUUCUAAGUUCAAACAAACAGACGUAAAAAUAGACUAGAUAAUCCAGCGUGUUCCAAAGCUGGAAACUAAAUUAUCCCCCCCUGAAAGUAGUAUAACCGAACGUACAAAAAUGUCCACCGGCCGCCGUUUGGCCAAGCGCUCCAUCAUCGGCACCAAGGUGUGCGCCAAGGGUCCGGAUGGCCUCUGGUACUCCGGCACCAUAUCCGACGUGAAAACGCCGCCCUCGUACAUGGGACCGCUCUCGCCGCCGCCGCCGCCCACUUUUGUGGUGCCCGGCGAGGCACCGAUUAACGCCGAUACGCGCUACCUGGUCCGCUUCGAUUUCAAGACCGCCGUCGUCGCCCCAACCGCUACCACGUCGUCCGCGGCCUCGGCCUCGUCCACAUCCUCCACAGAUCCGUCGGUCAUCGUGGAAACGCGUCGCGCUGCCAACGUACACAUCAGUCCCGCUCAGGCACUGCGCCGCAGCGCCAUGAUCAAGGAGUUCCGCGAGUCGGAUCUGAUUGGACCCGGAUUCCGGUCCAUCAUGGACACCGAACUGCAGCCCGGCCAGCGGGUCUACUUCACCUACAAUGGACGCGAGCAGAGCGGCGAUGUCGUCAAGCACGACGCUACCAAGGACGAGGUGAUUGUUAAGAUCACAACAGUGGGAAAUGAGGAACCCAUUGAGCUGAAGAAGCGACUGGAGGAAGUGCGUCUGCUGGAAUCGCGACGCUCCGCCCGUCUGGCAGACCAGGAUCGCGACACGGACUUCGCCAGACUCGCCGACAUGAGUGGCGAACGCCGCAGAACCACCACACACAGUAUUGAGGUGCCAUCGCAGCUGACGGCGCAGCACAAUCCCCGGAAACGUCCGCCCAGCGAUCACCAGGACUACGGCAAAGAUGAGGAAACAUGCCGUGCCGCCGAGAUUCUGUCAUCGAUGAAGCUGCAGAGUCCGCAUGGCUCAAUGGCCGACAAGUGCUCGAGUCCCGGCAGCAGCUCGUCGGCUUCCUGGAGCUCCGGUUCCCCAUCGCCGCCAUUGAGCGACGACGGCCACGCCCACCACAGCCCACACAACAUGAUGUCGCCCCACGAUGCGGACAACGCACGCACACGCACAGCAUCCGUGUCCACGUCGGACGAGGGCAUUGUCAUCGACUACAAGGAGGAGCGCAAGAAAAAGUCCAAAAAGUUCCGAUGCGUCUAUCGAGGAUGUGUUGGCGUGGUAGACGAUCUCAAUGCAGUCGUGCGUCACAUUAGGAAAACACAUUUGGGAAAGGACUCCCAUCGCUCCGCGGAUGAUGACGAAAAUGAGGUGGACUUCUACUACGAGGAUGCCGACGACGACGACGAGCAGGUGAAGCCCAGUCUGGCCUCCGAGCCGACGCUGAGUCACCGGGACAUGGCGCGUCCGCCGCACGAGGAUCCCGAGUACCAAAAGCAGAUUGUGGGCAACUUCAAGCAAGGACGCGGCGGUAGCCACUAUAACCACCUAGCGCAGUCGCACGGACGCACCAUCAGUGGCAGCAACAUCCCGAGCACCCACCAGCAGCAGCUGCAGAACAACAACACCAGCUGCAUCCCCACUUCGCACCUGGCCCACCACAACUACACAUGCCCGGCGGCGACGGCGACAGUGGGCAGCUACUCCUCCACGGGGACGGGGUCGGUGGCGGCUAGCUCAUCAGCCUCGCCGAACGGCAAGCACGCUCGCUCGUCGUCCUCCCGUCCGACCCACUCGGUAGCGCCAUAUCCAUCGCCGACGUACGUCCAGCAGCAGCACCACCAACACACGCACCACCACAACUACGCUGGCAGCAGCGGCAGCAGCAACAGCAGCAGCAGCAGCAGUCCAGUGAUCCACAGCAAUAGCAGUGCCAACAACAUGCUGCAGCAGCUGUCGCAGCAGAACGUCACAGUGACGGCGCACCACAGCCAGCAGCAGCAACUGCAGCAGCAGCAACACCACCAGCAGCAGCAACACAGCCACCAACAGCAGCAGCAACAUCUCCUGUCCAGUGUGACGAUCACGCCCAAUUUCCAUCCGGCGCAGCAGCAGCACCACCACCAACCGAUGCGCGGCCACCAUCAGCAGCAUCCACAGACAACUGCCGGCAACUUGGUUGCCCAAAACAACAGCAACAACCACAGCAACGGAAGCAAUCCGCUGCAGCAGCAACAGCACAUGGCGCAACAGGUGGCCGUCAAGCAUACGCCCCAUUCGCCCGGCAAGAGGACGCGGGGCGAGAACAAAAAGUGCCGCAAGGUGUACGGCAUGGAGAAGCGCGACCAGUGGUGCACCCAGUGCCGGUGGAAGAAGGCGUGCAGCCGCUUCGGCGACUGAAAGCGACAGAAGUCGUCGACGGAGGCGGCAAACCAGGCGUCGGCGCACCAGUCCAAGGCAGCAACAGCAACACCCAACCCAGCAGCAAUAUCAGCAACUCCCAGCCCAGCAGCAACAUCGUCCUCUAAAAUGACCACCACAGUGGUGCGUUUAGCGGCCGAGGUGGCUGCCGGCAAGCAGCUACCCCCGUCGUUGACCAUCAAAACCAACAAGCGCUACGGUGGUCAGGUGCAGCAGCAGCAACAACAGCCGCAUCCGUAUGCGGUCACCGCCAACAGCAACACAAUUAGCAAUCGGCCGGUGCGUAUACGCAGUGUGGCCACCUCGGUGAUUGUGGCGCCCAUUACCUGCGCAGUAACGACGACGAACACCACGCCCAGCCACAUGGAGGACACGGAUGCUGACGAGGAUGCUGACGAGGAGCUGGAGGAGAUGGAGCAGGAGGAUCAGGAGGAGGAGGAGGAUCCUGAGGCGCUCGAGGAUCAGGAGGAAGCGCAGGUGGCUGCUGCCAACGGCCUGCUGGCCUGGAGCCGAGCAGCCGCCAAUCAGCAGCAGGCGCAGGCCGUGCUGAUGCAGGGCUAAGUCCACCUGAGCCGCCACCGAGUGCGCCGAUAGCUUGCUGACUCCUGGACACAAAACGCAAAAAUGCAAAUGAAAAAUGGUCUCUUCUUAUUUACUCUGCAUUGAAUUGUGCACCUUAAACACGUAACGGUAUCUCUUUUGUUGUUGUGCAGGUGUUUGCCAACUGCCGUGCAAAUGUUGCUGACAUUUGCGCCCGGGCAACAUUUGCAAUCUACAAUAAUCUAAUUAUUAUUAUUAUUACUAUUAUUGCAGUGCGUAAAUAUACAUAUACAUAUACAUAUUUAUUUCUAAAAUGACUUUGUUAAUUCUUAUGUUAAAAAGCUGAAAAGCAGUUGGCAACUUUUUAUAUACACAAAAAGCGAAAGCAACAAAAAGUUAAAAUACGUAUGCCAGCUGUUUUUACAUAAAACAUAACAAAAAAAUGCAAAAGAAAAAACAGCAAAAACAAUUCAAGCAUAAACCAACAACAACAACAACACAUGAAAACCAACAAUAUUUAAAGCAAAUAUACAUUUGAUUUUUUUUAAUUGUAAGAACUCUAGUAAAUUUUUUUCUAGUAUUAAGUGCAAUUUCUGUUCUACUUCUCGCUCUAAACAAAGAAAACAAAACGAAAUGAUAUAAAAUGUAAGAAAACGAAGCAAACCAACUCAAACAAACAAACAAGCAAAUCAAAAUGAAACAAUCGGAGGUGCUGCAGAAAUCACUUUGCUGGGAAUUCACAUUGAUGUACGUAAGAAUUCAUCAUCACUGAGUGGUUUUUUUGUUGCCUCCGUUUGAAAGCAGAAUAUUCAAACGAAAACCUAAAAAUAUGCAUAUUAAAUAUUCAAGGCGUUGCAUCUACACAUUAAAUAGGCAUAAACGAAAAAAUAGUUAAAUUACUUGCAUAAUCACAUGUAACUCAAAUCCAAGAGCCGUUUAAACAAUUUUUAAUUGUGUGUGUUAAGCGCUAAGCGUUAAGUAUUAAUCGACUUCAUGCAUACGAGCGGCAAUAGAUGGACACACAGCUAAAUAAUCUAGUUAAUUAAGCACCCAGCCACCACAGACCCACCCACAACCAAGUACCCAAAAAGCCCAAACUCUCAAACAACUCUAUAGAACAAUUACCCCUCAACCCGAAGACCCGACAUCCCGAUAUCCAAAUACCACGCUAAUGUAACAUAUAGACGUACGAGCAACUUAAACUUAAACGUAGUGAAUUUUAAAAACAAACCAAGCAAACAAACAGACAGACAGGCCGACAGACAAACAGAUGGAUUGUGAGGUAGAUCUUAUCCUUAUCGAGAAUCGUCGAAAUUUCAAUUGGAGCCAGAAGGAAAACACUUUCAAACAUGUUCAAAUUUUUAAUAAAUUGUUAAGUUGGUAUUUUCUAAAAACACACAAAAACGAAAAAUGAGCUAAAUUUGUCUAUUAAUUAAUUUGUAAUGAACUUAUGACUAAAAACUAAGAUUUAAAACAAAAAAAAAAACUUUUUGCGUUGUGCAACUGUUGUGAAUUGUUCAAAUUACGGUAUACACAUACAAACAAUGACGUCACAAAGGACCCAGCGAGGUCUGCGAGGAUAUAAGAAGAAGAUGUAGGCCAUCUAGGGAUAGCUACGCAUUGAGAUUGAAGAGCAGGAGAAUUUACGAAUGAAGAAAUGAAAAUACACAAGGAAUUCUUAACCAAAUUGGAAGUACAAACUAAAGUCUAGAAUAUGUAAAUAUAGAACCCCCAUACACACACUUAACGGACGGAAGUAAAAGGGAAUACGAAGCGGAAGUGCAAUGGGGAAACGAACCCACGAAAAAGUAAUGUUGAUGGGAGAGGAGGAGCGAAGGGAAAAUUGAGCUUAGGCGGCAGCAGCUUUAAAAAUAUUUCAAAAUGAAUAUGGAAAGUUAGGGAGAGCGGGAAAAUUGAAAGAUAAAGCGGAAGCAGAAGCGAAAGCGAAAAGCAUGCAAAAACCGUAAGGAGAAAGUAAAACACGCAAGCGAAAAUUUCAUUGAAAUUGUUUGCCGUGAUUUGAAUGAAAUUCAUAAUGGUGGCCAUUUUUGUGUAAUGCGAAAAAGUUUAACAACAUUUUUUACACUUGUAUUUCGUUUUUAUUAACUAUAAGUUUAACCAAAACAACAACAACAAGAACGAUUGUAAGCAAACGGAGUAAAAUGCAACUGAAAACGGAGAAAAUGCAACACAUUUUACUUAUUUUUGUCUGUCGCCCCAGGACGGCGUCUAUUCUUUAUUACGAAUUAUGAUUACGAGUAUGAUUAUUGUCAUCAUUAUUAUUGUUUUUCUUGCUAAUUUUCGUGCACCACACACAAACACCCCACACAAGCGUAGUUAAGUGCGCACACUCGAUCUAUUUCGUUGCGUUCUGGAAAUUAUUUAAACUUAAGUGAUAUUUUUAAACAAACAAAAAACAAA